AUGUACCAAAGCUCCGUAAGCCAGGCCAAAUCAAACAGCCACGGUUCAGAAUGUCCAAUACACAAAGCCUCCAUCGUUUUCCAUCAAAAUUGCCGUGAUAUAGUAGGUCCCACAAUAGGCGGGCCAAACACAGAUAAUCAGAAAUCGUCGAAGCAGUUGAUAACACAUCUCUCGAAGAAGAGUCUAAGACCAUCGUUGAUAACACAGAUAAUCAAGAACUCACUCGUCAGUAAUCAAGGGAAAAAAGAAGUGCGCAAGCUAAACCGAUCGUCUUCGUCAAACAUGGCUUCGGCGGCGAAACCCAUCACAAGCCCCGUCCCAGAUGCGUGGUAUCCAACAUUAGCCGUUCUCAUGCUUAUAAUUGGUCUUGUUGUAACCGCUUCAUUCUUCAUCUAUGAGGCUACCUCAUCAAAGCGAUAUCGCAGUUUAGCGAAGGAGCUUACAACUGGAGCUGUGGCUUCUGUUUUCUUGGGUUUUGGAUCUCUGUUUUUGCUACUUGCUUGUGGUGUUUAUGUUUGAUGAUUUCCUCAGAUGCUAGACAAGUUGAAAUCCUGCAGAUGCUAGAAAGUUUGGAAAUUUAGAAAACAAAAUUUAAGAUUAGUAUUACAUCAAUUACUACUAAAUUUGACAUCAUUGGUUCGAUUUAUGUUUCGAAAGAGAACCUUUUAUUUUUAUUAUUCAAACAGAUUAUUGUUUUUAUGGUAUACUUUUUUUUGGUAA